AAACCGGCGAACGUUUAUUUUCUCAAGCACGAGAACCGCACCUGGACCACCGAGGAAUUGUGCAACAUCGAGGCGGCCGCCCGACUCCACCCGGAAUACAACGUAUUCUUGAUAAACCUCGAAAAAAGGGGGGAUCGAGGCGGCACACUUGUCAGCCGGGUGUCGAAGGGUAGGCGCAAAAUAUCGGUAAGAAACGAGGGCAGUUCCGAGUCGCGGACGAGACGCGAGCUGUCGAGGAUGUCGAACGUCGAGAACGUGAACGUGGGCCUCGAAAAGUUUUUUCAUGGCUCCGUCGUGUCGAAGAAGAUCGGCCAACUGACAGUGGACAAGCUCGAGUUGGCAGCCAAGUUCCACGCUAUAUGGGAAGCACCCGGAAUCGCCCUCGAACCCCUGAACGCCCACCAACUGAGCAGCGUUGCUCGUUUGUUCAACAGCAGCCAAGGCGACCCACUGGCUGGCGUACAGAUGGACGGCGAUUUGCAAGCUGCAAGCGUGGCCUGCCACUCGUUCGUCGGUCUCGUCAAUCGCGAAAUCUCCAAGAGCGGCGUCCCGGAGCGCCGAACCGUGCUCAAACGCGCCCUCCUCAAUUUCUGCUCGAGGUAG